AUGGACAGCAUUGCUUUCGCAAGCUUUGGCUCGGUGGUGCUUGAUGAGAUCCGUUUUCCCAACCAGAAACCUUUGACCAAUGUACUAGGAGGGUCCGGAGCUUAUGCCACUCUGGGUGCUCGGCUGUUCCUACCCUCGCCACUCAGCCGCUCCUUGGCCUGGUCAAUCCAUGUUGGAAAUGACUUCCCAGAUGCCAUUGCAGAGCACUUGCAGAGCUGGGAUGUGAAUCUGGCUAUAGACAAAGAAUCAGACGGGCCCUCGACGCGAGGCUUGCUGGAGUAUCAAGAUACUACAUUCGGACCCAAGAAUUUCAAGUACACCACACCGGUUCUUGCUGUUCAAGAAAGCAAGUUGCAGGGCACUGCCUUGCUAGCUUCGAAAGUGUAUCACUAUCUUGCUAGUCCGCAAGAUAUGGAAACGCACGUUCUAAACACCCUCGCUCUUCGAGAAAAGGAAGGUAUAACAGAUCGACCUUUGAUUAUCUGGGAACCGGCCCCUCUUUCAUGCAAACCCGAGAACCUCGAAGCCUGUCUAGAAACCACAGGUUUAGUCGAUGUGUUUUCUCCAAACCACUUGGAGCUGGCGGCAUUCUUUGGACAUCGACAUCCGGUUGCGUCCGAUAGAUCCGAGAUCGAAAGGUUGGGCUCGAAGUUCCUAGAUAGCGGAGUCGGCCCAGAAGGAAAAGGCGCGGUGGUUAUUCGAGCUGGUGAAAAUGGCUGCUUCGUUCAAUCGCGUAACAUCUCUUCUAGAUGGUUACCUCCGUUCUACGAAGCAGACAUAGGAGAAGAGCAGGCUGCUAAAGUCGUUGAUGCGACUGGAGCUGGGAAUGCAUUUCUGGGAGGCUACGCUAUUGGAUACCUCCAGAGAAGGGGUAAUAUCAUUGAAGCGGCUCGCUACGGAUCUGUUGCAGCUUCGUUUGCGUUAGAGCAGGUAGGAAUGCCGGAGAAGAGCGACGAAGGAGACGAAGAGUUAUGGAAUGGGGCCAGUGUCCUUCGGAGGUUGCAUGAAUAUAGGGCUAGACAGGAAUUGUUGCAAUAG